CAGAUAUCCCGUGAUGCAGUUGGGCUUGCUCUCUUUCUCCUCCUCCACGGUUCGUCUUCCACACUCAGCAGCUGCAUCAUUCACAGCCAGUGACAGAGUGGCGGCAGCAGCGGCAGCGGGAGCUACCGUAGUUUCUUUUCAGACUGCCGUAAACUUUGAAAACGUCCAGACACCGGGCUGGAGUGACGCAGUGACAAACAGCUUAAAGACAUCUCCACAGAAUUCUGUCUGGACCUGUGUGUGCAGUGGGACCUAUAUGAGACCCUCAUUUCAGCCCAGCAUCAUUAAAAUGAAGAUAAAGUGCAUGUAAGCCAACCCUCCUCCUUUCCUUAAAAUGAGCCAAGGGCCAAAUCUUGUCCUUGAGUGGCUCACAGAGCUCCAUCUGGCCCAGUACCUGGAGUCAUUCAUCGACAACGGAUACGACGACCUGGAGGUUUGCAAGCAGAUCGGAGAACCAGACCUGGAUGCCAUCGGUGUCGGCAUUCAGUACCACAGACACCGGCUCCUCACUGCAGUGCAGGCGCUGAAAGAGGGUGACAAAAGAAAAACACCAGGCUAUUAUUUUAUCCUGGAACCCGUGGAUGCCUCGUCCUGCCACGACACUUUAUUGACCAGCAGAAAAGAGGACUUCAGAGUGCGGAGGACACACACAGGUGCAAGAGAGACGCACCAGAUAUCCUGUCCUGGAAACCAUAACCUGAGAUUUACGGACUGUAACGACUUUGUGACCUACCCCAAACUGAAACUGAAGGUUCUCAUUAGGGAUAAACUUUCAAAGGAUGGGAUUAAUCUUGGAGAAGCACCGUACACACACAAGGAUGGCUCGGUGGGGAAUCUUGAUGACCUGGCUCAGGAGUACUCCCAGUAUUACGGCACCUCCCUCAGUGACGUGUGUGAGAGAAUGGAGGAGCUUCGCAAACGCAAAGUGGUGCACACUUCAGAGAUGGGAAAAAGUGACUCAGCGGCCACAUCAGUGCAUCUCCGCUCUCAGAUCCAGGAAUCCCUUGGACUCAGUAGUGCCACGUCCACUCCAGAAUCAGAAAGAAGGUUUCUAGUGCACAAGUCCAGCUCUGACGAUGGAUCAUCAGGAGGAAAGUUGGAUGGGAGGAAGAAGAGCAAGUCUUUUUGGCAGAGUUUCCGAAAGUCGCAGAAAGAACCAAUGCGUCAGGUUUCCAAAGGUGAUGAUGUUGGUUUUGUGGCCAGUGAAAUCACCAUGAGUGAUGAAGAGCGUAUCCAGCUGAUGAUGAUGGUGAAGGAGAACAUGAUCUCUAUAGAGGAGGCUCUCGCACGGUUGAAAGAGUUUGAGAUCCAGAACAGACAGACGUGCAGGUCUGACCCCACAGAAUGGACAGAUGCCUCCAGUCCCAACGCAAAUGAAUCCUUCAACUUCAACUCCUGCGAUUUGUCAGACAAUGAACAGGACGAGUCUGCUGCCUUCAGGAGACUCCACAAACUGGUCAACUCAACCCGGAAGGUAAAGAAGAAGCUGGUCAGAGUUGAAGAUUCUAGAAGACCUGGAACAGAGGAAAACCUGAACACAGACGGUGUUGCCUGUGGAGACUCCUGCUCCUCUCUGUACUCCGGUGUAGUAAAGAAACUCACAGUUUGUCCCGUGGACUCCCUGGCCUCCGCUCUGCAGGAGCAGCUCAUAUAUAACAGAGACUCUGACAGCCUGACCACCUCCCCCUCCUCCAGCAGUCUGGACACCUGCAGCAGCCAGAAAAUCUUCCAGGCCUUAAGCAAAUCCAACGAGAGCCCCAUUCACCGUGAGGGGGUGGUAACGGGUGAGGUGAGGGAGGCAGCAGAAGGCAGCGGCUCUUCAUUUUCAGAACCAGGUGGCUGUAAUGAGGAGGAAGCAAAAAUGGCUCGGUCUGUGACGGAUGGGGAGCUCCGUCACCGAAUCCUUAACCCGCUCAGCCAACACGGGAGAGCUUGUAGUUUUGGAGGAUUUGACCUGACCAACCGCUCCACUCUUGUCAUCACCUCUGACAGUGAAAACCCACAUGGAGACGGUGGUAUAAGAGAUACAGUAAAGUCUCCACCCACAGCCCGCAUUUCUCUGGGUAGAAAGGUCAAGUCUGUCAGAGAGACGAUGAGGAAACACAUAUCGAAGAGAUACCAUAGCUCUCUGUCUGAGCAGUCAAGUCCUGACUGGGUUUCCAGUUGUCCUAACUCACCUCAAACAGACUCUGACUCUCUGGAGAAGCCCAAGCUGAAACCAGGGGGGUCUGUCGAAAGCCUGAGGAGUUCACUUAGUGGACAGAGUUCCAUGAGUGGUCAGACAGUGGGCACCACUGACUCCUCCAACAGCAACAGAGAAAGUGUGAAGUCUGAGGAUGGCGAGGAGGACGAAAUGCCUUACCGCGGGCCCUUCUGUGGGCGAGCACUAGUUCACACUGACUUCACACCCAGUCCUUACGACACCGACUCCCUCAAAUUGAAGUGUGGUGACGUCAUUGACAUCAUCAGUAAGCCACCCAUGGGCACCUGGAUGGGGAUGCUUAACGGUAAAGUGGGCACCUUCAAGUUCAUUUAUGUGGACGUCAUGAAUGAAGAGGAGGUGAAGCCCAAGAAGACACGGAGGAGGAGGAGAGGGAGGCAACCCAAACCCACCUCUGUGGAGGAGCUGCUCGAUCGCAUCAACCUCAAAGAAUAUCUCCCCACCUUCCUCUUCAAUGGCUAUGAAGACCUGGACACCUUCAAGCUGCUGGAGGAGGAAGAUCUGGAUGAGUUAAAUAUCAAAGAUGCUCAGCACAGAGCUGUGCUGCUCACUGCUGUGGAACUGCUGCAAGAGUACGAUGGCAGCAGUGAUCCUGACAAAGGCAGUCAGUCUGGAGGCUCGCAGGAGAAGCUGCUCCUGGAGCGGCGUGACCUCGCGGGUGAUUCUCCCCGAGACUCCGGCUGCUACGAGAGUAACGAGAACCUGGAGAACGGAAAGAAGAAAAAGGCUCCUUCAGCCCUGAGCAGGUCGCCUUCUGCUCUAGAGUCGAGUCACCACUCAUCUCAGGCCCUCUGUGCCUCUCCUUUGACCCUGACUGCUCCUAACUCUGUUAAGACUUUAGACCACAGCAGACCCGGAUGUGUACCCGCUGCCAGGCCCUCUGUAAGAACCCUAGUGUGCAGACUUGUGCUCUUGCAACCAACAAAAGUGCAUUUUACCAGUGGAGCCAUUAUCAGGAACCACAGCUACACAGAGCUGCGAACGAAACCAGUGAUGGAGCGACGGAAGCGUAGUUUUUCCCUGUCAGACUGCCACACAGAGCUGAGGGAUGAACUGCACGACAUGAAAACCUGUGGUCUGAACCUCAGUUCCACAAACGACAACAACCGAGACGAACAAGACUCCACGGUCAAUUCUGCAUCUUCAAACCCAACAACUUUAAAUACCAACUGCAGCAGUGAGUGCAACUCCAGUCACGGAGAAACUGUGAAGUCCGAUCACUCCUUUCUUUUUUUCUCCUCACCACAAGAGCCUUCACCGACAGACGGUGUCUCUGUAUCCCACUGCACAAAGCCCGUCUCCUCAGACAGUCGGAAGUGUCGUGUCAUUUCAGCCAAUGCUGAAGCUUGUCUGCUGAAAAUGAAAAGAAACAAAUCGGCUAUAAACUCCAGGAAUCUGGAUUCCUGAGAGCCACUGCAGUCAUGGGUCUUGAGUCAUGACCUCACUUCCUGUAAUGUAUCUGCGGAAACCUACAGUAAGAUGUUUCCCUGGGAGCUGCUGUUUAUUCAGCUUUGUUAGCUUUGAUCUAUGGAUGAGAGGUGAAACGUCUUCAGGAAACCUACUCUGUCCAGUUGCCCUCGAUGUAACUAUUUUUGCAUGUAUGGAACGGUGUGAUGCUCAAUCCACUCUAAGUGGCAACUUGGCUGUUGAUGGACUCGAACCUGCGACCUUCGGGACCCAAUUCCACUUCCUUAACCGAAAAGUUACCGCUGUCGUUAGAGAAAGUCGUGCUCGAAAAUCGUCUGC